AUAAUUUAAUAUAUACAGGAAUCAUUUGGAACGUAUACGUUAAAAUAGUUCAUUUCUUAUUAUAUUACUUUGUAAAUAGUAAGGAAUAUUAAUAAUGGUCGACGUUCAAGAUGAGCUUCGAGAACAAGCUUGUGGUGUUUGUUUAGAAAAAUAUAAUCAUCCUACAAAACUUCCCUGUGGACAUAUAUUUUGCUUUUUAUGUGUGAAGGGCAUUGCAAUACAAAGCAAGAAAUGUGCCAUGUGUCGUACUGAGAUACCUCAUGAUUAUUUAAAUAAUCCAGUAUUGUUGGACAACAUACCAUGUGAAAAAAAUUCAACAGAUUGCAGGACUCACGAUUAUCAGUGGUAUUAUGAAGGAAGAAAUGGCUGGUGGAAAUAUGAUGAAAGGAGUAAUUGUGAUUUAGAAGCUGCUUUUAUCAGAGGGGAUAAACAAUGUAAGCUCCUCCUAGCUGGAGCUUUAUAUCAUGUAGAUUUUGAAAAAAACUUGCAAGUGCGUCAAAAUGAUCAAACAAGACGUCGUCGUGUUCGAAGAGACACUCCUACUCUACCUUCUAAAGGUAUUGCUGGAAUUAAAACAAACAGUGAAAAUCUAGGAGGAGAAAUAGAGGCAGAAUUACAUAGAGAACAUUCUGAAAAUACUGAAAACAAUGAAGAAAUUCUAGUAUCUGAAGACUUAAAUGCUAAUGCUUCUGAGGAAGAUCUUAUCUCAGAAAUUGUCCAUACUUUAAGCGACAUUACAUUGCGGACCCAAGAAGAAACUGCAAGUGAUUUGCCUGAUACAGGGAACAGAUAAUAUCUCAAAGAUCUUAGGUCCGCCUAAUACUACACAAUUAAUUUUGUAAUACUAUACUUACAGCUAUAUUAUUGUUGUUAUAAUCUUAUUAAAAAUGUAUAAAAUUGUUAUAUAUCAUAUAACACUUUUGAGUAUACUUUUAAUUGGAUAUUUAAAGCUGUUAAGACCAUGCAAUCUUAAAUUUUUGUGUAACAUUUAUAUUGGCUCUUUCGAUCUGAACCCCAGAACCACAAUUCUAUAGUCAGGUAUAUUGUUAACUGUGUUUGGGAAGCCGUGUAGUGGCGCCUUAAGAGAAAUUUCUUCAUCAUCACCCCGUGGGUGACGCAAGAAAUGACAGAUGGAAAUUAAACAGGCGCAUCAGCAGUCAGGGCAGCAGCAUCUUCUUGAUUUUAUCAUAAUAAACAAACUGCGGAUGCCAACCUGCCUGCCAUGCGUGAUAACUAUAACAUACCCUUUUAGACAUUUGGGCACAGUGUAAGAGAGUAUAACAGUUGUGAAACGAAUGUACUUGUGCAGAGCAACGGCGGGGGCCUUGCGAGGCAGAGGGCGGCGCGACCGUGUGCCAGCGCACUCCACUAUAGCACACAGUCACGCCUCCACUAAUGUUGCUGUACUCUGUACAAUACAACACGAAGUUGACGCGAGCGUGCAACUACUUAUGUAUUUAAUACUUUUUAGUACAGUUUUCGAAAAAUAUAAUACCUAUUAUGGUGGAUUACUGUUAUAGUCAUAUGAGUUACUAAAUAAAGUUAAACUCAAACUUAAGCAUGACUGUAAUUUAUCUCUUUUUUUUUUUUUUGAUAAAAUUGUUAAUCCGAACGCGAGUACACUACAUAAAUGAAUUUACCAAUCAAAAUCUGAAAAUAUCUAUAGUGUUACGAAAAUAUUUGUCAAAAAUGAUCUUGUUUAAUAAAUGUUUUUUAACUUAUAGGUAUGUACAAUGUACAUAAUGUUAAUAAAUUAUAAUGAGUCU